UCGCGACCACUCAGGACUACUACUAUACUACUGCAGCUACUAUACUACGAUACUACAGCUACUAGGACAGCCUAUAGAGUCAUGUCAUGAUUCCAGCAAGACCGCCCAAGCCAGGCGACCACCAGACACUCCCUCAACGCCCUCCAAAGCCAAGAGCACCCGAUCCACCGACACAGGCAUCUCCACGUUCACCAGCUUACACACAAGCGCACAAUCUACAUGAGAGACCCUCUGCUGCGGCGAGCUUACCCAUCCUAGCAGACCUGCAGGAAGAAGAGAUGGCUCGGCUCCUGGCAGACCCAGAGACAUUAGAAGCACUCUACCUCACACAUUCACACACUGCACAAGCACGGCAUCAACAACACCUCGCCCUCCUUCAACAAGAACAAGCCCUCCAAGCACGCAUCACUACACUGCACACACAAGCGAAUCAACAGUAUAAGCAAGCGUGUGAUGCAGUCUCAGCAGCGCGUGCAAAGGAAGAUUUAUGGAAUCGAGAAGAACGCGCCAUGUAUGCUGCGUUACAACCAACAACGGCAGAUGCCCUAUUUACACGACUCCAAGCAGCAACGACUGAUGCUGAAAAGAUGAGUGAAGCGCUGCUUGCUUCUUUCUUGGAAGGUGAAGUGAUGUCUCCUGGUGGCGGGGAGGGUGACGCAGCGACAGAGGCAAGUGGAUUGGCAGUGGGCGCUUUUAUGAAGGAGUAUCGCCAACUCAGACAAGUCUAUCAUCUACGCUCAGAGAAACUGGCGCGAUGGAAGGAAGGUCGUGUUGGUGGAUUUCGCUGAUUUUGCAUGUGCACGGCAAACAGAGACCUCCCUGACCACUCUACACACACACACACUCCUGCUACAUCUGUAGACAUGUCAUGACCUUCAAAGUGCUUCUCCUCGUAUGUCCUCCUCUCAAGACACACAGCGCAGAUCAGCUAAUCAC